AUGGAGGACGUGAUUGCCAACAAGCCAAAGGCUUCACUAGAGACAACAGAGAAGAUUGUCGCGCAGUUGGACGAUCUGCCGCUGCCCGAAGAAUUGCAACAUCUUGACGAAGAUGAACGGAUCAAGCUCGAACGCAGCCUCGUGCGAAGGCUGGACUGUACUCUCAUGCCUGUCGUGGCACUGCUGUUCUUGCUCAACAUCUUGGAUCGCAACAACAUCGCCAACGCAAAAAUCGCAGGAUUGACAAAAACUCUGGACAUCACGAACUCGCAGUACAACACCUGUUUGAUGAUCUUCUAUGUGGGAUGUCCCAUCCAACAUGAUCAUUACGAAAUCUCUAUGUGCCAGGCCUUCACCAAGAACUACGGAGGACUUUUCGCUUCGAGGUUCGUCCUAGGUCUGGUCGAAGCACCUUUUCUACCGGGCGUCUUCUACCUGAUGAGCUGCUGGUAUAGCCGCGCGGAGCUUCCUCCAAGAAUUGCCAUCUUGUACGGUAGCAACAUGCUUGCAAGCGCCUUUGGGGGACUCAUAGCUGCUGGAAUCGUGUCGCGUAUGGAAGGUAAAGCCGGACGACCUGCCUGGGAAUGGCUUUUCAUCAUUGAAGGCAGUAUAACUAUCGUUAUUGCACUUCUUUGUGUACCCAUACUUCCAGAUUUCCCUCUCCAAAAGACCAGUCCGAUCCUCAAGCGUGAGCACCAACUUUUUGCCGAAUAUCGCCUUCGAAAAGAAAAUGCUGGCAUUCGCGAUGAGGAUCCAGAGUCCAUCUGGUGGGGCCUCAAGCAGGCCUUGCUUGACCCGAAGCUAUACAUGUUCAUCCUUUUGCAAAUGAUGUUGAUCACAGCUCAGUCCUUCAAUAACUUCUUUCCAUCCAUCGUUGGCACACUCGGCUACGAUACGACCGUUACGUUGCUUCUCACUGCACCCCCAUACCUGUUCGCGUUCAUCGUUUCUCUUUGCGUCUCUUUCCACGCGGCACACAAGAAAGAACGUGGCUGGCACAUCGCUAUUCCUAUGAUUGUCGGAUUGCUUGGAAAUCUAUUGGCUAUGUUCGUUCCGUCUCUAGGCGGUCGUUACUUCUCCAUGUUCCUCAUGACAUCCGGCACUUACGCCCCCUACAACCUUUGCGUCUCGUGGCUCUCAGCGUCUCUGCCUCGUCCAGCAUCCAAACGCGCCGCGGCGCUUGCCAUUAUUAACUUAAUGGCUGCUGGUGUAGCACACUUCUACACUAGCUAUGCGUUCCCCGACUCACAGAAGCCACGUUAUUAUGGUGGUGGCGGCAUGAUGAGCGCGGCGUGCCUCCUCUGCUCAGGCACCGCGAUUUUCAUCAAGUAUUACUUGAAGAGACAGAACGCGAAGAUGGAGAGGGAAGAGCUGGAGGAAGGCAGAGUAGGAGGUGGUAUCAAGGGAAGCAAGGCUGGUCACGGUGGCGAGGCCAUUGUCCGGUUCAGAUACGUGCACUAG